UUUCGUUCUUAUGCAUAAAACGCUGAUGAUUUAAUGCAUAUGAAGCCUUAGUCACAGUGUACCAGCAACUCCCUUAAAAGGUGCAGAAUGAUGCAGUGGAGCAUGUUCAUUCUCCCCAGAGAUUAUCACCAAUACGUGGGGCAGUAUUUAUAGAAGUUGCCCCACAGUGGAUACCCUUAAUCCUGCCCUUACUGCCUUCCAUCCCUGCCCAAAGCCUGUGCCUGGACGGCUGUUACUCUCAGUCUCUGCAGCCCCCGGCUUCGACUUCAGCCUCUCUUCAUAUUAACUGAGAUCAAGAGUUUUUCCUGGACGGAUCUCAGACUAAUCAUCGUCAUUCUUCUGCUCUCCUUGACCUGCAGCUAAGAAAGAAAAAGAAACAACAAUGUCCACCGAGCGUUUUGACUGCCAUUACUGCAAAGACUCCCUGCUGGGGAAGAAGUACAUAAUGAAAGAGGACACACAGUACUGCACCAAGUGCUACGAAAACCUGUUCGCUAAUUGCUGUGCUGAAUGCUCCACACCAAUCAGCUGCGAUUGCAAGGACCUGUCCUAUAAGGACCGUCACUGGCAUGAGCAGUGCUUCAAGUGUGCCAAGUGCAGCCGCUCCCUGGCGGAAAAGGCCUUCGCUGUCAAGGAUGAUCUGCUGCUCUGCACCGAAUGCUACGCCAAUGAUUAUUCCUCUAAGUGUCACACCUGCAAGACCACCAUUAUGCCAGGUUCCCGAAAGAUGGAAUACAAAGGGAACAGCUGGCACGAGACCUGUUUCCUAUGCCACCGUUGCCAACAACCAAUAGGAACCAAGUCCUUCAUUCCCAAAGACAGCGGCUACUUCUGUGUUUCCUGCUUUGAGAAACAGUUUGCCUACCAGUGCUGUGCUUGUAAGAAGGCCAUCACCACAGGUGGAGUGACCUACCAAGACAAGCCCUGGCACCGUGAGUGCUUCCUAUGCAUCAGCUGCAGAAAGCAGCUGUCGGGUCAGCGCUUCACCUCCAGGGAGAACUACACCUACUGCCUGGACUGCUUCAGCAACCUGUAUGCAAAGAAGUGUGUGGGCUGCACCAAACCCAUCACCAGUCUCGCCGGAGCCAAGUACAUCUCCUUCGAGGAGCGUCAGUGGCACAGCGAGUGCUUCACCUGCAUGCAGUGUGCCAUGUCUCUGGUGGGGAGGGGCUUCCUCACCCAGCGAGACAACAUCUUGUGCACCGACUGUGGCAGAGAGAAGUGAUCUAUGCACCAGGUGUUACAGCGUAAUCCCAGUGCUACCAGGGCUUUACACUCUGAUACAGAUUCUUAAUGACCGGCAGACUAACAAUGCAUGAGCAAACACAACUCAACUCAACACAUCAAAACCUGUGAUGUUCUAUGGUGCUCACUCUGAUAUUUACUGACUUUAUAGAAGCUGUUUUAGGCGUAUUACAUAAUGUGAGGUCACAUAGAAUUCAACACACAUGACU